AUGGAUUCCAUGUCUGCAAUUUCACCAGCAAAUCCAGCUGUGAAUCUUCCCCAAAUUCAUCCGAUAAGUGUCAAAUUGGAUCGAAGCAAUUACAGCUUCUGGAAAGCGCAGAUCGCAACAACUGUUCGCGCUUUUGGUUUUGAUGAUGUUUUGCAGAACAAUUCUGCUCCAUCACAAUACCUCGACUCCGCAUCUUCAGAAAAUGUUCAAAAUCCAUCAUAUCUCGUUUGGCUUAGACGAAAUCAGUUUGUUUUCAGCUGGAUUCUAACUUUCAUAUCACCAUCUAUGAUUGGUUAUGUUGGAAGAUGCACCUUUUCUGCUGAAAUCUUGCUUGCCUUUGAAAAAGAUAUCUUGGAUCAGUUAUACAACAUUGGUCAACCGAUUUCUAAGUCUGAUCUAGUAACACAUGUUCUAGCUGGACUAGGUCAAGAGUUUGAAAGUAUAAGUGUCUUUCUACAAUCCACAUGUGAAGAGUUAACACUACAUGAGCUUCAGUUUGCUCUCCAAACUCAUGAAAUUCGCAUCCAUAAUCAAGCUAUUGCUAGUGGAAAUCUAUCUCAAUCUGUUUUCUCAUCUCAAGCUAAUACUGAUAUGAAUAACCUGCUGAUAUGA